AUGAGUGGUGAACAAACUCUGGGAGAUAGGAACCCACAUGAUUCAAGUAAUAAUAAUAAUGCUAGCACUUCGCAAUCCCAGGAAACAUUAAGACCCCCACAACCUUCGAGAAAAAGCUCGGCUGUCUUGUUAACAAAACCGCUGAUAGGGAACUUAAAUGUAAAAUUCAAUGCCACACAGGGUCUAGUGAGUGAUGCAACAACAGCAGUGAACCUAGAAAAUAUUGGGAAUGCAAAUAUCGUGUCCCCGGUGGACGAGACUGACUCAGAUAAUGAGAACCACUUACAUUCAGUCAGACUGAAUAAAUAUCCCCCCAGUGAACGUAGUUUAUAUCCAUCAGGAUAUAAUACUGAUGAGGAAAACGUUAGUAAUGAAAAUGAUGAAGAAGAAUUACAAGAGAUACUACAUCUGUUGGUUAGGCAAGAUUAUAGACUUGCGGGUUCAAAUGCUAUUGAUUCAAAUAGAAAUUUAUCAUUGAUGGAUCUAAGCACAUUAACUAAUGAUAAAUACAAAAUGGAUUCGCAAGAUGAUUUCAUUGAAAGAUAUAUAUCGAUUUCGAAGGCGUCUGAUUCAGAUUUAUUUCACGAUAAAUUGAAGCAUUUCUUUAUAUUAUCAACUGCUGGUAAACCUAUAUAUUCGAUGAAUGGUUCUGACGAUGUUAUUAUGGGUUACAUGGGAUUUAUCACUACUAUUGUCUCCACAUUUCAGGAAAAUAUGAAGGAGGAAAUUAAAUCAGUUAAUUAUGGUGAUGAUCUAAAAAUUGUAAUUAUGAAUAAAGAUCCAUUGAUACUUGUUGCUAUGACCAAGCUAAAGCAUGAAAAUAUGAUAAAUAACGGAGGGGAAGAAGACGAUAGCGUUUUGAUAGGACAGCUUAAUACUUUAUACAAUUAUUUAUUAGCAGUUCUUUCAAAAUCUACCAUAUUAAAAAAUUUCCAGAAUAGAAUGAAUUAUGAUUUAAGAAAAAUAUUGACUCCUUUGGAUUUCAGCAACUUAGAUUCUUUGUGUAUGAAAUUAACAUAUGGACUUUCAACUUCUGAACUGCUUACUCCUUAUAAUAUUCCAGGACUCGAUUUCUUUUUAAGUCAGUUACUCGAUUCAUCGUUGCAAAGUGCAAAAAUUACUAAUACUACUCGUUCUAGGUUGAAUUCAAUUUUGUUAUCGUGUAAGAAAUUGAAGAUCAAAGAUAGUAAGUCUAAAGCGCCGUCAAGGCUCUUCGACAUUAGCGAUUCCGGUGACAAGGAAACAUUCUUGGGAGAUGACCUAUUAUUUGCAUUCUUGACGUCGUCGUCUGGAAAAAUAUUGAGCAUGAUGAAGCCAAAAAAUCACACUUUAUCUAAGGAAGAUCUCAAGGUUCUAUUUACAAUGAUAUCUUCUAUUUCUACUCCCUCUGAUGAUUCGCAGUCUACCGAAGAUUUAUGGAUUCCACUUUGUAUGCCCGAUUUUAAUCCAAAUGGGUUCCUUUAUGUCUUUGUUAAGAAAAUCGAUUUGAGUGGUUAUGUUAUAGUUGAUGGAAAUCAUAUUCCACCACAGCCAAUUAUAAUUACAUUAAUUAGUGGAAAUAAAAAUAGCUUUUUCCAGCAACAAGAAUUGUCCAAACAUAUUAUUAGUAGUAUGAUAAACAGUGAAAGCUUUCGAAAUGCAUUAAGUUCAGAACUUUUAGCAUCUAAUAAUCUAUCUAUAUUGAAUGACAUAAAGGUACCCUUGAUCAAACAUUUUAUUUAUAGACUGAAAAGAUACAAUCAGUGUUUUAUGAGUAAUGCCAGACACUUCAAUAAUGAAAAGGGUGAUACAAGUUGUGUCACAAUAUUAGAAUUGGUUUAUUUCUAUUCUACUUUGCAUAACAAUAAGGCCACUGAUUUUUCAAGCGAGCCAGCGAUUAAGAAACAUAAUAAAAGACUAACAUAUUCUAAAUGGAAAAUUUCUGGAAAUACAAUAGUCGGAUUCAUGCUUUCUGAUUCUACCUCUGAAUUUUACUGUUUAUGUAACGGCGAUAUUACUUCCCAGGACUUGAUAAGGCAGAGUUUGAAAAUAAUUAAAUGGUGUGAAAAAUAUCAUAGAAGAAUAUUUGUUGGAGAUGGAGUUAUCUUUUAA